GAAUUGCAAUAAAAAUUGUCAUAAAGACCAGAACCAACUUCUACUUCCAAAACGGUGCGUUGGAGCGAAGUCGUUCGUUGUCCUCGUUCAUCGUGGAUCUGAAUUCUGAAUUGUGAACUCCGAAUCUCUGUUCUCCCGUGCUCCUUGAUUCGCCCACGCUGUAGCUGAACUGGUUUAUCAAUUUGUCUCCACGGAGAGAUUCAAGUUCUACACGUACACACAAGAUGGUGGUAACUUCCUCCGCGCGUGAUUAUAUCAACCGCAUCUUGCAAGACAUCUCCGGCAUGAAGGUUCUAAUCCUUGAUUCUCAAACGGUUGGUGUUGUGAGUGUUGUGUAUUCGCAGUCAGAGCUUCUCCAGAAAGAAGUGUUUUUGGUUGAAUUGGUAGAUUCUAUUUCCAAGUCGAGCGAAUCGAUGUCGCAUCUCAAGGCCGUUUACUUCCUUCGACCUACAUCAGAGAAUAUCCAGUUUUUGCGCCGCCAGCUAGCUAAUCCUAGAUUUGGAGAGUAUCACCUAUUUUUCUCCAACAUAUUGAAGGACACUCAGAUUCACAUUCUUGCUGAUUCUGAUGAACAGGAAGUUGUCCAGCAGGUUCAGGAGUUCUAUGCAGAUUUUGUUGCAAUUGAUCCUUAUCAUUUCACUUUCCAUGUGCCUUCACAUUACAUAUAUAUGCUCCCAGCUGUGGUAGAUCCUUCAACAGUGCAGCGCUUUUGUGACCGAGUUGUUGAAGGGCUUGCAGCUGUUUUUUUGGCACUAAAACGCAGACCAGUAAUUAGGUAUCAAAGGACGUCUGAUAUUGCAAAAAGGAUAGCACAGGAAGCAACUAAACUGAUGUACCAAGAGGAAAGUGGUCUUUUUGAUUUUAGGCGAAUGGAAGUUUCUCCUCUGUUGUUAGUUAUUGACAGGAGGGAGGAUCCUGUAACCCCAUUGCUAAAUCAAUGGACUUAUCAGGCUAUGGUUCAUGAAUUAAUAGGAAUCCAAGACAAUAAAGUGGACUUAAAAUCCAUUGGUAAAUUUCCAAAAGAUCAGGAGGAGGUUGUGUUGUCAUCGGAACAAGAUCUCUUUUUCAAGGCUAACAUGUAUGAGAAUUUUGGAGAUAUAGGUAUGAAUAUCAAGCGAAUGGUUGACGAAUUUCAACAAGUGUCAAAAAGUAACCAGAACAUCCAAACAAUAGAGGACAUGGCCAAAUUUGUUGAUAAUUAUCCUGAUUACAAAAAAAUGCAUGGAAAGGUGACAAAGCAUGUGACUUUAGUAACCGAAAUGAGCAAGAUAGUUGGUGAGCGAAAGCUUAUGUCAGUUUCACAAACAGAACAGGAGUUGGCUUGCAAUGGAGGACAAGGAGCUGCUUUUGAGGCAGUGACAAAUCUACUAAACAAUGAAAGUGUAUCAGAUCUGGAUCGACUACGUUUAGUCAUGUUGUAUGCUUUACGAUAUGAGAAAGAUAGCCCUGUUCAAUUAAUGCAGCUCUUCAAUAAACUGGCUUCCAGAUCUGCCAAGUACAAACCUGGGCUUGUCCAGUUUCUUCUGAAGCAAGCGGGUGUUGACAAGAGAAUGGGUGAUCUUUUUGGAAAUCGAGAUCUAAUGAAUAUUGCCCGUAACAUGGCUCGAGGUUUGAAGGGUGUUGAGAAUGUUUACACCCAGCACCAGCCACUUCUGUUUCAAAUCAUGGAAAACAUUGUCAAGGGGAGGUUGAGAGAUGUGGACUACCCAUUUGUUGGAAAUCACUAUCAACAGGGAAGUGAGUCCACACACUUGAUGAGUACAAGAUUCUGCAAUUCUUUCAGCGUUAUACUCGAAGUUUAUUUUAUCCAUUGUACAGAUGCGACCUCCGAGGGAAGAAAAAUAUUAAUUCCCGUUCUUCCUAUUCAUAAAAAGUUUGAACUGAGUUAAUCUGUGUGGUUACCUUGCAAGAGUUCUGUGAUGUGGUAGUAUUGACAUCACAUGAUUUCAUAUCGGCUGCUUUGGCCUAUGAUCUAAAUUCUUUUAAUAAUACCCUCUCACAGACCUGUAACUUAUGCAUUCUGUUAAAUGUGUUGCGUUCAACUAACAGCUGCCAGAGUAAACUAUAUUUUUGGAAUUAAUCUGAUUAGUUAUCUGAUAAUUCUAUUUUAGGUCUAUCAGAAUUUUAUGUGCUGCAUUUUAAAAAAGAUUAUUUAGUAGUUCAGAAAUUUUCACUGCAACGUUCUGUCAAUGUUUGUUCAAUAUCCUGAGUCCCUCACGAAUCAUCUGGGAAAGGCUUUUUGACCAGUUAUGUUAGACAUCAGGAAGCAUUGAAUACAAUUAGACCUUCAUAAGUGUAUUAUAGGAAAAAAGGUCAAGAUAGGAAUUAAACCUAUUUUUGUUAGGAAUACAAAUAUGAAUUGGAAGUCUUACAAGUAAAAAUGAGCAAGUCGAGUGAUAUACAAGAAAAAAGAAAGACCCACAAAUAUUGAGUCUUGUAUGGAAAACUCAGACCUCCUUGGUGGUGAAUCCCCCAUUCUAUCCUACUAAAAAUUUCCUAACUCUAGUAGUUAGGAUCAAGGGAAGUGUAUUGAGAUAAAUGGGUGCGGACAAGAAUGUUUUGUGGUGGUAGAAACCCGUGGUAGAAUCCAAGUAUAAGUUGAAAGUUUCAUAUUGAGUAAAAAUAAAAAAAUUAAGUGUCAUGUAAGAAAACAAAAAUGACCCACAAACAUUGAGAGAUAGUUCAUCCCACUAAAAAUUUCCCAAUAAUUUUAUCUUUUGGUCUAUUAGUUAGGAUUUCUGUUAUGAGUAGUUUUUGUUUUAGGAAUUACAGUGAUUUUAGUUUAUAACAGAAGUUGGUACCCCAACUUUCUUUAAAUAGGACCUCUGUUAUUGAAGAGGAGAGAUUUUCUUUUUGUUAGCCAAAAACUGGACAGAUUCCAGUGUGAAAGGAGGAAUCUCUUGUGUACUUGAUUUUUUUCAAAACACAAUAAAAAUCAGGGAUGAACAAAGCCUUGUCCAUCUGUCAUCUCAGAAAUUCUGACAAGUAGACAGAGUGCAUUUGUAAUAUAAGUUUUUAAUUUUAAUUAUUAGCCUUUAUUAUCAUAGAAUUAAUAAAUAAUCCAAUUUGUGUUGUUGACGACUAUAUGAA